AGGGUCCUUCUCUUCCAACGUUUACUUUCACAUCUUCUCCUCUUGUUAUAUCAUUCAUGUGAGAGAAAGAGCGAGAGAAAGAGAGUAAUACUUUGAAGAUGAGUGUGAGAAGAAGCAACGCAGACGGAAAGAGGAGUUUAAGAGAAAUGAGUGAGGAAGAGGAAGAAGACGAGGAUGCAUUUGAAGAAGAAGACAACGGAGGAGAACAGGAACAAGAAGAGGCUAUAGAGAAGAAGCAGAAAGGCAGAGCUACAAGUAGUAGCACUAGUAGUGGAGUUUCUUGUCAGGUCGAGCGAUGCACUGCGGAUAUGAGCAGAGCCAAACAGUACCACAAACGACACAAAGUCUGCGAGUUUCAUGCCAAAGCUCCUGCUGUUCGGAUCUCUGGUGGUUACCAACGCUUCUGCCAACAAUGUAGCAGGUUUCACGAGCUGCGUGAGUUUGAUGAAGCCAAGCGGAGUUGCAGGAGACGCUUAGCUGGACACAAUGAGAGAAGGCGGAAGAGCACAAAUGAAUAAAACGGCCGUGAUUCUGAAUGUUAAUGAAACAGGCUUUGCUUGCUCUCUUCUGUCACUCUCUUUAAUUAAGCUCCUUGUAAUCUUAUGUGCCUCUCUCUCUCUGUUUCUCAAUAAUGUAUGCAAUCAAAAGCUAUCUGCUAAACCUAAGACAUUAAUAAAUGCAUUGAGACCAAGUAAAUGCUUGAAGGUGAA